AUGCUCGUGAUUACGGUGUUUUUGGCGUGUGCUGGAAUCGCACUCGCCGACGUUCGCUCCCUAUCAUUAAACAUCAAAGCUGAAGACAUCACAACCGGCACGCCUCUAGACGGGUUUGUCAGCUAUUCCAUCGAGUUUUCUUCGUUUCCGGAUUUCGCUGGCAGCUCAGCAGCACCGAAUGAAUUUUCAAAUACGCUAAUCAACAAUAUCGGUUACUAUCAAGGAUCAAACCCAUAUAUACGAGUAGGAGGAAAUACCCAGGAUUUUGCCAUCUAUGACGAGAAUGAGACACUUCCUCUCCGCGGCAUUUACAAUACCACGAGGUCGGCAGACUACCCUACCACCAUCACUAUAGGACCCUCUUUCUUCGACGCCUAUAACGCUUGGCCAAAGGUCAAGCUCUCUCAUGGCUUCAACUUGGGCGGAAACAAUGAUUCAAGAGUGCACGCAACUCUGAACCAGACUGUGCCACUGGCAUGCAAGGCCUUGUCAAAUGGCAAUUUUUACCGCUUCGAGUAUGGCAAUGAGCCCGACCUAUUUGUGGGUAUUCCUACCGCUCAGGUCCGGCCGGCAAGCUAUAAUGAGUCCGACUAUGUCAGCGAGUGGCUUCAAGGAACGCGCAUCAUCAAUGAACUCGUUGAACAGAAUUGUCCGGAUCUUCUGGAUAACGAUACCUACGGUUUCCUUGCCCCAUCGUUCGCUCGCACGGAUAACCACUUAAAAGCGCCGCUCGCCUGGUCUGACGGCUUGGAUGCAGAUGCAGACAUUACGUACUUCUCAUCCCACAAUUACAUCAGCGGAGCCAACUCACUGGGCGUGACUUUGCAAGGGACCCUGAUGAAUCACACGCGAACCAAGCAAAGUGUCGAUGCGCACGUGGCCGAGUACAACGCCAUCAACCCGGGAAGCAACGUGCCGCACAUUUUUGGUGAGACCAACUCGCUAUACCAGCAAGGCCGGCCGGGUCUCUCCAACACGUUUGGCGCCGCGCUGUGGGCGACCGACUUUUUGCUCUACAGUGCCUCGGUCAACAUCCAGCGAGUCCACCUGCACAUGGGCACCAACUACCGGUACCAAGCGUGGCAACCACUAACGACCAACAUCACCAGCAUCGGCACCAAGGCGCCAUACUAUGGCAAUGUCGCUGCCGCCGCCUUUCUCGGCAAUCUCAAUGUAGCGACGGUGCAGAUUGCUGAGCUGGAAACGGGCGACGCCGGCGACGAUGCCGAGGCGGCCUACCUGGCCUACGUCGACGGCGUCUUGCGCCGCGUCAUGUUUAUCAAUCUGCGCGAGUACAAUUACACGCUCAACGGCACGGGCGACCUCGCCUCGCCGAACCCGGAACCGCGCACCGUGCGCACCUACAGCCUGAGCGUCGGCAACCUGACCGCGGGCGCCGGCGUGCAGAGGCUUUCGGCCAACGGCAGUGAUGCCAUUACGGGCGUGACCUUUGACGGCUGGAGCUACAACUACGAGCUCGAGCGCGGCGCGCCCGUCCGGCUGGCCAACGUCACGGUCGGUGAGAGGUUGAAUGUCACCGAGGAUGGCGUGCUGUCGGUUGGAGUUGCGGAUAGCGAGGCCGUCAUUGUCACGUUGGACAGCUGA